GGAGAAAGCAAGGUCUACUUAAUCUCAUAUGUUAAUCUCUUAUAUGUAUUUAUAAAGUGAUCCAGGUGGUCUACAACAAUUCUUCCUAAUAGAGAUUUCUAAUUGUUGACUGUGACAAUGAGGACCAACAUGCUAGUGUUUGGUUCCCUUUAUCUUCUUCUAUCUUGGAUGCGUCCUGCAUACACCCAGUGGAUCUUUGACAACUCCAUUACACAAGAUGAUCAGUCGUUCUCGUUGGACAUGGCUAAAGACUCUGUUGAUGACAUGUACUUUGACUGUGCAACAAAGAUGGAAUCUCAGAUCAAGAGCAAGUACUUUCAAGAUGAGAUGAAGAAUGAAUUCUUCAAAGCUGCAUGGGCACAAGCAAAAGACUGUGCAAACCAAAAAUACAAAAAUAGAGAGAAAGGCGAUGAGGCAUUAACAAAAGAUCACAUGCAAGCAAUUUGUACUUACACUGCUGGAGGAAAGGAAAACUUCUAUCAAAAAUUCAAUGAAGAAGUCAGGACCAAACGGAAAGCAUACGGUUCAUCCUUUCAGUUCCAUUCCUUACAUUUCUGGCUAACAAGGGCUGUACAGAUUCUUAAUAACCAAAAUAAAUGUUACACAACUUUUCGCAGAACCAAAUCUAUGUUUAAUGGAAAUGUCAAACAAGAGGUUCGGUUUGGUACUUUUACCUCCACCUCCAAAUUAUCAAAUCUGGAAAGGUUUGGUGACGUUACAUGCUUCAAGAUUAGAACCUGUCAUGCUGCUUAUCUGAAGAAAUACCCAAAGCUUGCUGACAUAGAGCAAGAGGUGCUUAUACCACCUUAUGAGAAGUUCAGGAUAAUUAAAAAAGGUAAACCUGACAAACAACUUUCAGACUGUGCGAUUGUUUAUGUUCUGAAUAGUACUGGUUUCCAAAGUAAUCUUGACUGUCAGCUUGUAAAACAAAUACUUUAGUGAUUUUUUUUUUAACCUGAAAUUUCUAUGCAACCUAGAGUAGCCUAUUCAUCUCAGUAAAAUUUUACAAGUGGCUGUUCUUUAAUGAGAAAAUUUUGAUUCAUCUCAUAUUAUGUCUUUCCCUCUGAAAGUAACACACCAUACUGUAAGGUUAAAAGACUCAAUGGAUCCUAAAACGUGGACCCUUCUGGCACCAGAGAAUGGCAUAGCAACUUUAUCUGAAUUUUUUUCUAUAGAGGAGUAAUUCAUUCUGGUUGCAUACAAAGUCUUUUCUGAAACAUUACUGUG